AAUCAACAAUAACAACAUCACAAUAAUAUAACUACACAGCGCAAUAAAAAAUAGAAAGGGGUUACAAAAGAUACAAUAAAUACAUAAAUAUAUAAAUAUUAAAUUAAUAAAGAUGAUAUCAAAUAUCGAAACCAAUACACCAGGGUGGAGUUGGGACCCCAGUAGAACAGAGACUAAACUAUUAGAUAAAGAUAACCUUAAGGUGGUUGAUGCAGGUGAAGGUAAAGCAUGGACUACAGCUACAGGGCCAGAUAUUUCAAUAAAUAGGCAACCAAACACAUUUUAUUAUUACGAAAUUAAAGUAGAGUUUUGCAAUGUCUCAAAUUCGAUUAAAAUUGUUUUUGGAUUAAUGAGCAAAAGAUAUUUAGAUAGAAUUUUAGAAAUCAAAGUAGGCGAAAUAGGUAGUUUAAGAGGCUCUUCACCAUUUGGUUAUUUCAAAGAGUUUGGAAUUGGAUCAAUAUGUUAUUUUGCAAAUGGUACAGUUUCGCAGGACGGCUUUAUAUUGACUGCACAAAAGGCAAAACCAUACACAACAAACGAUAGAAUAGGUAUGCUUAUCGAUACAAACAAUAGCAAUGUCGCAUUCUUCAAAAAUGGUGAAUUACAAACCUCUUUCAUUAACAUUUUAAAUAGUUUUCAGUCCUCACCUUCAAACAAAACAUUUUCAAUUUAUCCCUCAGUAUCUUUAAUUAAGGAGAAUUCAGUUUCAAUUAUAAAGGAUCCAACAAUACCUCCAUUUUUUUAUGACACAAAUACGUUGAUUCAGAAACUAAGUAGCAUUGAUCUCAAUAGUGAAAAUAGCAAUACACCAUCAGCAACUGCUACAACAACAACAACAACAACAACAACAACCACCAACAACAACAAUAAUGUAAAUAAACCAACUGAAACCCCCACAAAACAAUAUAAACAAUAUCCAAACACUAAUGAUAAUAAAGAUAUACCAGACCCAAAUAAUAAUUGUCCAGUUUGUGGAAUUUCAUUUAAAUCUAUUGGUAAAGAUUGGGCCUCAAUCAAUAAGCAUAUAGAUGAAUGUUUAACAUUUAACCUAUUAGAUAAAGAGACUAGCGACCCAAAAAGACCAGAGAAUGUAAAAUGCCCAUACUGUAGAAAGUCUAUACUUACAGUCGAAUUUAUUUACCACUGUAAUGAUAAACACUUUUUAGAAAAUCAUCACAGCCACAAGUGCCCACUUUGUAGUGAGAAGACAUCAAAUCUUAUUAGUCAUUUAAGUAAGAGUCAUAUUAAAGUUCCACAAAAACAGGUCGGUGUUGGAUACUCAACAAGUAUAUUGGAGCAGGAUUUAGGUGAACAGGAAUGUGCAAUUUGUUUAGAGGAGUUUUAUCAAGGUCAGGAGGUAGCUAGGCUAGAGUGUUGGUGUAUUUUUCAUACCAAUUGUAUUUUAGCCUAUAUAACGAAAUCUAAAAAAUGCCCGGUCCAUAAUUAAAGCUUUUAAUUUGUUUAUUUUAUAUAUAUUAUAUAAAAAUUCAAACAAAUAAACAAAUAAACAAAUUAACAAUAGAAACCAAUACCAUCAACUCCUUAUAUACAACACCAACGCUUUAUAUUAUUUAUUAAAUCAUCAUUACCAUCAUAAAAUCAUAAACCAAUAACAAUAAUUAUUAAUUAUUAACAUAGUAAUAAUAAACAAUAAAAAAAAGAGAUACUCAAUAAUUUAUUUACGAAAU